AUGAAAUAUACCAAUAACAUCACUGAAUUCAUUCUCUUGGGACUUUCCCAGAGCAUGAAAAUCAAACACGUGUGCUUCCUACUAUUCUUAUUUUGUUACAUAGCUAUUUGGAUGGGAAACUUGCUCGUCAUGAUCUCUAUCACAUGCAGUCAGCUAAAGGAUCAACCCAUGUAUUUCUUCCUUAAUUACCUUGCUCUAUCAGAUCUGUGUUCCACUUCAACAGUGACACCCAAGUUAGUCACUGACUUGCUGGCAGAAAGUAGCACAAUUUCAUACACUGACUGCAUGGCACAGCUCUUUACUAUGCACUUCUUUGGGGGCAUUGAAAUCUGUAUCCUCGCUGUGAUGGCCUAUGACCGCUAUGUGGCCGUCUGCAGGCCCCUGUACUACACCAUCAUCAUGAGCAGGCACAGACGCUAUGCCAUGAUCAGCGCUUGCUGUGCUGGGGCAUUUCUGCACUCCUUUGUUCAGGGUCUCCUCACAAUUAACCUACCAUUCUGUGGCCCCAAUGAAAUAGAUCACUAUUUCUGUGACGUGUAUCCUUUGCUGAAACUGGCCUGCACAGACACCUACGUAGUUGGGAUCCUAGUGGUGGCCAACGCAGGCAUGAUGGGGUUGGUGAUCUUUGUGGUUGUGAUGCUGUCCUACAUUUUGAUAUUAUACACCAUCAAGGCUUACCCUGCAGAAACCCGGUACAAAGCUCUUUCCACUUGUAGUUCCCACAUCACAGUUGUGGUUCUGUUCUUUGUGCCUAUUCUCUUCACUUACAUUAGGCCAGCCACAACGUUUCCAGAAGACAAGGUGUUUGCUCUCUUUUACACCAUCAUUGCCCCCAUGUUCAACCCUCUGAUUUACACUCUCAGAAAUGCAGAGAUGAAGAGUGCCUUGAGGAAGGUGUGGUGCCAGAAGCUAUUUUUGAUUGCAAGGCAAAUCAUCUGA